AGAGAGCAGCUCUCUAGGGGAUUGUGCUGUCAUGCAACUGCUGUGAGAUCGAGGCAGGAGGCGGGUUUUACAGGAGAAUCCUUAGAGUUUCCACCAACAGUUUUAAAAGUUCAUGUCUUUGUGUGGAGUAAGCUGAUGUUAAGGAGUCGAGCUAUUAAAAAAACAGGUGUAAUUCUACUCCGGAUGUGGAACCAAUAGCAUCCAGUCAGAUAUGGACUCCAGACUGUCCGUCACAUUUAGCUGUGUACAUAUAAGCAGGUGGCAGAAUCAGAUUAAACUGGUACAAGCACCCAACUUCCCAGUACAAUGUUGGAGUGGGGUUCUCAUUAACAGUAAAACAGAAGUGAAACCAGUGGCAAUGAUAGAAGAAUGAAGAUGAUGUACUAACCACAAAUGCUGUGUGCUAUGUAGUGGUUAUGCUUAUUGCAGCACUGCACAAUUACACUGGAGAACAGCCACUAAAGAGUUACAGCACUGCGGGUGGAACAGACGCUAUGGAAGACCACAUAGGUUGGUCUAGUCUAUAGGAUGGUAGCAAACAGUAAGGUGGAAGCAGAUAAUGCAGUUGCAGAUAGAAGAUCUCAGCACCUGGAAGCUUCAGUCUCUGAUCGUUCACAAAUCCAACCUGCCAGAGCGCUCCAUCCCAGCCCAGGACGUGCCACUCCUGCUUUGCUGCUUAGUGAUACCCACUUUCGUACCUUCCGCUCGCAUUCAGAUUUCACCAUCAUAACCAAGACCAGUAGUAUGCUGGAUACUUGUGGCUUCUACUGGGGACCUAUGGAUGUCAACGUGGCUCAUGACAAGCUAAAAUCUGAGCCAGUAGGUACCUUCCUUAUCAGGGACAGUAGGCAAAAGAACUGUUUCUUUGCAAUCAGUGUUAAAACAGCCAGGGAAACUGUCAGCAUCCGGAUUAAGUUUUAUGCUGGGAAAUUCAGCCUAGAUGGCAGCAAAGAGUCAUUUAGUUGCCUCUUUCAGCUAGUGGAACAUUACAUGAUAUCUCCCAAGAAGAUGCUGGUUUCUCCUUUAAGGAAAGUCAGGUUACGACCUUUGCAAGAACUUUGCCGAAAAAGCAUAUUAACAACUUUUGGGAGGCAAAACUUGGACAGUAUACCCUUGAAUAGGGUGUUAAAGGACUACCUAAAGUCUUUCCCAUUUCAAAUUUAACACAGGGCAUUAACAUCCUUGGACACAAGAACAAACGUGUUACAAACUCCUCUUCUGUGGAUUAUUUUUUAAACCUUAUUUAAUUGUGCUCAAGUUUAUUUUUGUAGCAAUUAACUGUAUUUUGGGAUGAAACUUGAACACUUGACUUUUAAUGUUUACAUAAAAAUAUGGUUUGCACAAAGUUACAAGGUUAUGACCCCUUGAAAUAUUUUUCUGCUGUGCAGAACACAAUAUUUUAUUACAUUUUAAGUAAUUAACUUUAAUAAACUUUAUUAUGAAAUAUUCAGAAA